AUAAAAUACCCAGCAAAAAACAGUAAAAAAGUAUCUAUAUUAUCUAAAAAAAUCACUUUGUAUCUAUAUAUUUUACAGGAAACAAAUCACAGAAGAUACAUCAGCUGGUGCCUGGUAUCAUAUGCUUCCUAUUAGUGUUCUUUUAAAGCAUCUCAGUUUUAUUUUUAUAUAGUUAAUUUGUACAAAACCUGUGUGUAACAAUUUCAGAGAAAUUUUAAUGCGCCACCGUAAUGUUUUUCGAGGAAUUUAUGCCAAACGAAGUAUUUUUAAGGGAAUACCAAGGAGCUCCUAUUUGGCCCAACUACGGCCACUACGGAAAUCUCUCCUACAAAAGAUUGAAGCCUUAUGAAAUGCUGUUUACCAUGUACGGUCCCCUUGUCAGGGUGAAUGGGGACUCUUUACUUGUCAGUCAUCCAAGGUACAUCGAAGCAAUCAUGGCUAUUUCACGUUCUAACAGAUCGGCUUUGUCAACUAUGGAGCGCAAGAGGAGGCUUUCAUUACCAAUUCGGAUGCCUGAGUAUGAAUUGGAUUUUAAUCAUUUAUCAAAAAAAUAUGCAGACAUAUUGAACUUUAAACCCAAUCAUUUCAACAAAAGGAUUGAAGUAGCAUCAGAUCAGCUGAUUAACAGAAUGUAUUACACUCGAAAUCUACAGCAUGAAGUACCCAAUUUUGAUGAGGAGUUAUAUCACUGGGGAUUGCAAAGUAUAUUCAGUUGUUUGUUCUCAAGAGACUGUAGCUUCUUGCAAGAUCCAACUAGACUAAGCAAAUUUGGGCCGAAGUCAGGUGUCUACCAAACUUACCAGAGCUUCCUCAAUGCUUCUCAUUGCUUGGCAGAAGCAGAAGCCGGGCCAUUAGGACGCCUUGUCCGCCAGCGCUCUGUUGCUAACCAUAUUGAUGUUAUGAAUGGGCUAGUAUCACCAUUCCCAUCUCUCUCCCGAGAUCUCGAUCGUGAUAUCAUUUUACAUGGUUAUGGAAUACCCAAAGGAAUUCAGGUGCAUAUGAUCAACGAAGUGGCCAACAUGCGGAAGGACAUGUUCCCUCACACGACCUCGUUCACACCUGAGAGGUGGCCUCGGAUGGGCAAAGAGCCAAUGCUUCCUCAUAAUUAUCAGCUGCUGCCACUAGCUCCAGUUGCUUCUUUACUCCAUGCUCACAUUUCCGUUCUUACUGCUAAGGUUAGUUAUACGGCUUAA